UCAGUCAAAAUGUGGUCAAAAUGGCGUGUGUUUUACGCCGCAUUUUGAUACAAUUUUAAUUGUUACCAAAAUCAAUCAAAUCAAGGAGUUCUAUAUACCAAAUAUACACAAAUAUGUCGCGUGAUUUUGGCCGCAAAGACUAUUAUCAUCGUGAGGAUCGCGGUCGCGACUGGCGUGAGAGUGAUUACCGCUACGACAAAGAGCGGUCUUUGGCGAGGAAGCGAAGCCGGAGCCCUCCUCCCCGGGAACUGCUGAAGCGAGCGAGCUCCCCGCGGAAGAGUGACAAGGACGUGCUGGAUGAGAACAUCCUCAGCGAGAUAUCCAAGUUGCCGGAGCCCAGCGAGCUGUGGGACAACCAGACCCAGAACAAUAUGCAGGAAGGCGCGUUCCCGCCGCCGCUUGGAGCGCCGUUUCCGUCUGAAGGAAGUUAUUCGAGCAACUAUCAGCCUUCCUACUCUGGAGUGUAUGAUGACUUUCCCUCAGUGGCCUCUAUACCACCGCCACAGUUAUCAGACAAUAUGUCUACAUGGAAUCAGAUGUCCCUGCCUCCGCCACCCACACCACCUGUGUAUAACAUUGAAGAUCAGAUUAAGAAAGAAGCCGCUAUAGAGACAGAGUUGCGCCACCAAAAAGCUGCUCUGUCCAAACAACGGGAGGAUUACAUAAAGAAAACGGCCAUAUUGAAAAAGGAGCUAGACACGUUAAAAGAUCAGCGUAACGAGUUACGCGGCGACACGAAGCGUUCACCGAGUCCAGACACCAAACGGUUCUUGAAAGAGAACACUAAACUGCAGUUGGAGAUCCAAAACAAACUGAAGACCAUCAACAAUGUCGUAGACAUGCUCAAUGGGAUCAUUGGCGAGCAAGCUCCAGACAUUGUUGAUCGUGAUGAAACACCUGAAAGAAGCACCAAACGGAAAUCUAGGUCCCCGUCGUCCGGCAAGAAGUUCAACUAUGUGUACUACGACCCGGAGAUGCACUGGUGUCGCGUGUGCAACGAUUUCCCUUCCACCGCCAAGGAUUACUUGAACCACCUGCAUUCGCCGGCGCACCAUAAGAUGGCGGCGCAGCACAUGGAGGCGCCGUGGCACAGCAUGACGGGCGUCAACGAAGGCUUCCCCUCCUACCCCUCCGCGCCCACCAAGCGGACGCCGAUCAGAGGCCUCCAGUUCUUCGUGCCGUCGACGGCGUGGUACUGCAAGCUGUGCGACCAGUUCAUCGGCGACCUGCACUGUGCCUCCGCGCAUCUCAAGUCGCUCACACACUCAAAGAACUACAUCAACUUCGUGGAACAGAACCCGCACUGGGAGACGGACUGGAUGUCGGACCGGCAGAAGGCCUUCGAGAAGGCGCGCGCCACCAACAAGGUGAAGCUGGAGGACAAGCCGCACUACACCGCGCACACCAUCACCUUCAGCAAGGAUGGCUUUCACACUAAAAGCAAAAUAGAAAGCCCCCCGCCGCCGGUUGAGUCGAAGAAGAAGAAGGAGAAGAAAAAGAAAUUUAAGAGAAAGAGAAGCAGUAGCAUCAGUUCGAGCAGCAGUAGCAGCGGCUCUUACAGCGAACCGAAGAAGAAGAAGAAAAGCAAGAAGCGCAAGUCGUCCGAGAAGCUGACGGAGUGGAUGUCCUCCAUACAGAUGGAGCGCCUCAACGAGAGCGACAGGAAGCUGCUCGACAACAUCAAGUCGCGGAUCCGGCAGGACAAAGAAGAGAAGCGGCACGCAGAAGCUACAGAAGUUAUAGAUCUCAGCCGAAGUUCCAGAGAUCGCGACAAUCGCGCUCGAGAUCGCAACAGUCGCGGUCGCAGUCGUCCCCGAGAAGAGCGCGGCAGUCGCGCCAGAGAACGUGAAAGUCGACCCAGAGACAGUAGAUCUCGAGAAGAGCGAGAUAAGAGAGAAGAACCAAGAAGGAGGGAUGAUCGCAAAGAUGAUAGAAGAGAGGACAGGAGAAAGGAAGACAGGAGAGAUGAGGACAGGAGGAAUGAGGAUAAAGACCGCAGGAGUCCUGUGCAGAGUGAGACGAAGAAAGUGGACAAUGUACGCAAAAUGCCCUUUAUAGGAAAAAUGCCAGUUUUUAAAAGUUUAUCGAAAAACUCUAAAUCUGAAGAAACAAAAAAAGAAGAAAAGAGAAAGGAAGACGAAGAAGCCAAGAAAAGACAAGAAAUAGACGCGGAGAUUCAGAAAAAGGUGGCGGAGUUCAAGGAAAAGAUAGCGAAGGCUCAGCUGGAGCGGCAGCGCGCGGAGUUGCCGCCGCCGCAGCUGCUGCUGCCGCUGCCGCACUUCCUGCCGCCCGCGCCCGCGCCGCCCGCGCCGCCGCCCGCCCCGCCAGUAAGCACGCCGCAGCCGCCAGCGCCGGCCCUGCCGAAGGAUUUUCAAGAAGCUCUGGAUAUAAUCUUCCCCUCCGCUGACCAGCACACGGAUAUGGGCCAGCAGGACAUAUUCCCUGGGAUGUCAGGCCUAGGACCGCCGGGCUUCCCCGGGAUACCGGGGCUGAUGAACCCCUUUCCGCAGAUGAGCCUUUUGGGCCAACCUCCUCCACACCUGAUGAUGGGAUUCGAUAUGAACAAUCCUUUAUUCGGACCCAGACCACAGCUGUACGACACUCACGUGCCCCUGGUACCGAAACCUAGGCCGAACAACAAAAACAAACACAACGGACCCGACAAUAGGAUCAUGCAAAACAAAAAUUACAACAACAGAAAUAACAACAAUGCAAAUAAUAAAGCAACAAACAAGCCCAACAACACAAUAGUGAAGAGUAAACCCGCUAAUGCAACUAUGCAGGGCACAACAACUACAGCUAACACGAGCAGUGCAACAUCAACAACAAAUGCAACUAAAACUGCAGUCGCGUCAGCAGCUGACAAAAACAAGGAAGAAAUGGAUGACCUGGCGAUGCUGGGCAUUGACGCGUCAGACGUUGGCGCUGGUAUAUAAAAUGAUUAAUUAAAUGUUUUCAUAUACAUA